CGCGUCUAUAUAAAACCCAUCCGCCUUUUAUUCCUUCCUCAAUUAACCUCCCUCCCUGCCAUGGCUUCCCCACUUCCAAUCACUCUCCCAUGGCUUCUUCUUACUCUUCACAUUCUCCCACUCGCCUUAUCCUCACAAACCCAGAGGUCCACUUACAUUGUCCACAUGGACAAAUCCCUCAUGCCCACCGCUUUCCCCACCCACCACCACUGGUACUCCGCCGCCGUCGAUUCCACCGCCACUCCGUCCGACGGCAAACCCCUCUCUUCCCCCAAGCUUCUCUACUCUUACGACAGCGUUCUUCAUGGCUUCAGCGCCUCCUUGUCGGAAGACGAGCUUAACGCGCUGAAGAAGUCCUCUGGUUUCGUUGCCGCUUAUAAAGAUCGGACCUUUGAGCUUCAAACCACAUAUUCUCCCGCCUUCUUAAAGCUUAAUUCGGAAACAGGGCUAUGGCCGGCGUCGCAGUUCGGGGAGGAUGUGAUCAUCGGCGUGAUUGAUUCUGGCGUGUGGCCGGAAUCUCCGAGCUUUAGAGAUGACGGAAUGCGGGAGGUUCCCAAGAGGUGGAAAGGGAUUUGUAAGCCGGGACAGGAUUUCGACUCUUCCUUGUGUAACAAAAAGCUCAUCGGAGCUAAUUACUUCAAUGCCGGAGUUCUGGCCGACAAGCCCGGCGUUCAGAUUUCCAUGAACUCCUCCCGGGACACAAACGGCCACGGCACUCACACGGCAUCCACCGCCGCCGGGAACUCUGUAGGUAAUGCGUCCUACUCCGGGUACGCCAACGGCACGGCGAGAGGGCUGGCCCCGCGCGCCCGCCUGGCGGUGUACAAGGUCAGCUGGGACGAAGGAAGCUUCAGCUCCGACCUCAUCGCCGGCAUGGACCAGGCGGUCGCCGACGGCGUGGAUGUAAUUUCCAUUUCUCUGGGCUUCCAGAAAACACCUCUGGCGGAAGACCCCUUAGCAAUCACCUCUUUCAACGCCAUGAUGAAGGGCGUCCUCGUCGCCGGGUCCGCCGGAAACAGCGGUCCCGGUAUCGGCACUCUAAACAGCGGCUUUCCGUGGAUCUUGACGGUCGGGUCCGGGUCAACAGACCGGUGGUUCGCCGGCACUCUGACACUGGGAAACGGGCUGAAAAUCAGAGGCUGGAGUUUGUAUUCCGGGGAAAAAACCGUGGAAAAUAUGAGUCUUCUUUACGAUUCAUCGAUUUCAGAUUGCGAUUCGCCGGAAGUGGUGAACCCAAACUCCACAAUCCUUAUUUGCGUCGGGCCUCGAGCCGUAAAUGUUUUCUCCAGCCAAAUGCAAUCCGUCACCGAUGCCGGAAUAUUAGCCACUAUCUUCAUCAACGACGAACCCAGAAUUUUCCGAUCAGUUACUAACUUUCCGAGCCCCGGCGUCGUCAUUAGCCGUGAAGACGGAAAUCAAGUGAUAGCUUACGCGAAAAACACCACCAACCCACGAGCUAGCAUCACUUUUCAUGAAACAUUUGCCGGGAAGAAGGCUGCCCCGGCGGUGGAUGCUUCUUCUUCAAGGGGACCAUCCCCGAGUUACCCCGGAAUUUUGAAGCCGGAUAUAUUAGCUCCGGGAGUAUUGAUCUUAGCGGCUUAUCCUCCGAAAGAAAAAGGGGCCGCCGCCGGUUAUUAUCUGCAGUCGGGGACGUCCAUGGCCUGUCCACAAGCAGCCGCGAUCGCGGCCCUGCUCAAAGGAGCCCACCCCAAUUGGAGCCCUUCUGCAAUCAGAUCAGCAAUGAUGACCACGGCUACAACACUGGAUAACACCGGGAACCGGAUCAAAGAGUCCGAUGACAACUCCGUCGCCACACCGCUGGCCAUCGGGUCCGGGAUGGUUAACCCGAACAGGGCAGUCGAUCCGGGUCUGAUAUACGAUGCCACCCCUCAAGACUAUGUGAAUCUCCUCUGCUCAAUGAACUUGACAGAGAAAGAGUUCCAUAGCAUCGCAAGAUCUUCAGCAACCUACAAUUGCUCCAGCCCAGACCCAGACCUCAACUACCCGUCCUUCAUUGCUUUGUAUCCCACAGGAGGCGAAAACGAGGUUUUCGAUUGGUUAGUGCAGACUUUCAAGAGGACAGUCACGAACGUUGGUCCGACGGGUCUAGUUACAUAUAAUGCUGUGAUUGAAACUCCCAAUAAUUCUAACAUAUCGGUUUCUCCAAGUACUUUGGUUUUCACUCAAAAUAACCAGAAAAUGAGCUACCAUUUGACGAUAAGUUACAGAGGUGACGAGAAACAUAGCAAGAAUGUGGGGUCCAUUACCUGGGUUGAAGUGAAGGGAAAUCAUACCGUUAGAAGUCCGAUCAUAGUGUCAAACACUAUAGAGGUUUGGUGAUGAAGUUCUUAUGUUGGAGGACUAAUACACGGAAAUCGCCAAGAUAGAAGUAAAAACGUUUAGAAAUAUAACCAUAUACAUUACACGAGUAUGUUAUAAUCAUAUGAAAUGUGUUUUAACAUUAUCAGAUUUUAAAAUGAAAAUAUAUCGUAAUGGAUGGGAACGUUAAUGUCUACAUGGGGAUGGCAAGGUGUACUGAGCUGCCUUUUUUUAGUUGAUAUAUAUGUACGGAUUAUGUGUAAUUCAAAGUCAUUUAUGUGAAUAAAAACAAGCUAUGUGACCUCUGUCUGUUAUUC